AGCUAAUCGUCACGAAGGACGUUGUGCAGACUGCUGUAACAAUUUUCUAACCUAAAAGGAUUGACGCGGUGACGCUCGAGCGUGGUGCGAUCGUCCGGAAUCUAGUCCUGGGAAGGGAGAUGAGCGAUGCCGAGCUCCAGGAGGAGGAAAGAGAAGUGUUGCUCUCGAUAUACGACGGCGACUCAGCUUUUAAACAGCUGACACCCACAACGUUUCAAUACAAGUAUGGAGAGGACAACGACAUGAAGUCAUUUCUGCUGGAAAUCUCAUGGGGCGCAGCAUAUCCUACAGAAAAACCGACCAUCAACAUGAAUACGUUUUACAAUAAACACAUUGUGCAAGAGGUGAAGGACAAGGUGGUGAGUCACAUAGAGGCAGAGGCUGAGCAGUGGUUGGGUAGCGCGAUGACGUAUACGUUAUUUCAGUCUGUCCAAGAACAUUAUGCAGACUUAGUCUGCAUGCAACCGGACUCAAUCGCAGACAUAAAUUCGCAUACCAAUAAGCUGAAAAUCACGGAGGAGAAUCAACAGGCCGAGGAAACGACAAGGAAACCGAAGAAGGAACAUUUAAGUAAAGCCCAGAAGCGUAGACAAUGGAACAAAGCGGAUGGCAAAGGUGAAAGACCGCGAGGAUGGAACUGGGUGGACAUAGUGAAACAUUUAUCGCAGACUGGGCCAAGAACGGAGGAGGAAUCGUAACUUAAUAUUUUGUACAGUAUGAAAAGCGUAUUAUAUUUUUAUAAAUUGUUGAAAGUAAAACCAUUUCCUUAUGCAUUUUCCAAGGUGGUUUUAUUCUCAUAUAUUACUAUUAUUGAUUUUUAAUUAUGGUCAAGUAGAAAAAAUUAUUUUAAUAAAGAACACUUAGCAAUUAUAAGCGUAA